UGAUGUUCACUUUAUUCUGCGAAUAUGCAUUGCUACAUUGCCAUUGCACUUUGCCUGUUCGCCCUUUUGGAUUUGACAAACGGGGUGAACGAAAAGGAAAGGUCUACUUAUUGUGUACCCGGCACGUGCUGGGAUCACAGAUAUAAUUUGUGGCCCUCGGGAAAAUAAAUGCGGUGAACGCUAGUAUUCAGAAGAUGGUUUUGACAUUUUUAGAGCUAUGUAAAAAGAUUUAAUAUUUAAGGUCAAUGGCAAUAGUCAUUCGAAAUAGAAGGUGUGUAAUCAACGAUCAGGUUGUCAAGCAAACGUUGUCUUCAAGCCUCACAAGAAUAGUUACUGAAUAAAUAAUUCAAAUGUAA